UUGUUUUGAUUUUCGGAGUGUCAGUGAACACAUCUCAAGUUUGUCGCGUAACCAUGAGGAAGUGUGGUUCCCAGGACCGAAAGCAUAUGACGCUGAGCCGUACGCCAACGUCACUGCCAUAAAACUAAAUUUUUUGGUGCCUACUGCUUACCAAGUAUAUUAGUGUGUGUUUGUAAUUUAAAUACUAAUGUAAAUGUAAUGUAAAGACGAGAGACAUUAGCUUAGACUUCUUUGUACAGCGCCAGUCUUGACACAUUCAAUAUGGCGGCGACGUUGUCGUAUCGCAGCAGUGGACAAGUGUGUUUUUUAACACCAUCGAGUCAAUCAUCUCCCAGUAUGACGCAGUUGUCCCACAGACGCAGCGAUAUCUCCUGGAACACGUCGCCCCAGCUCUCCUGGAUGGAAAACCAUGCUUUGACACCUGAAUGGUUUCACUGGAGAAUGACCAGGAAGUCGGCAGAGGAACUCCUGAUGUCCAAGCCGCUGGGCUACUUCCUCAUCAGACUCAGUGAGAGCAGAGUUGGAUACACGCUGUCCUAUCGUGCUGAGGGACGCUGCAGACAUUUCAUGAUUGACGCAAAGGAGGACGGCUCUUACAGCAUCGUGGGGGAGUCCAGGUGUCACCCAAGUCUGCAGCAGCUUGUGGACUAUCACAGGAAGAUUCCCAUCACGCCUUACACAGAGCUACUGACUGCAUCCUGUGAACAGAGCCCAGAUGGUUGGAGCAAAUAUGACAGCGACAACCAGGUGGAGGUGGAGAAGACAUCAGAGGAGGUCAGCCAUCCUAAAGAAGACAGGAACAGCCGUAUGCCUCCAGCCACGCCCGUUCCAAAGAGCAGGAAGAGAUACAGCACUGAUGUCAAUCCACGUCCUCCUCCGGACACGGAGAUGAUGGACCAGCCCAGGGCCGCCUCACCCGAUACCGGCUCGGAGAUGACGUGGGAGCAGCUCUUCGAUGCGGUGCUCCUUCCUUACAUGGAGGAGAGUGAAAGACGACCCCAGGAGUACUCGCCACCCCCUCCCUUUGCGCCAGGUUUCCAGACAGGAGACAGUCAAUGAGGUCUGAAACUUACCUGAAGCUCCAAAGUUGUCAGACUUUAACAGCAUCUCAUCUAACGACAGCUAAUGACAUGAUGUGUCAUGAUUAUGAAUAUGUUACCACAAUACCACAACACCAACCUUUAUAACCGCAAAUUUAUAUUCAGUGAAUAAAAAUUGUAUUUCUGUCAAGCUUGAUAUUUUCGCAAAAAUAUUUACUGUAAGGCCCUGUGAUUGGCUGGCCAAUCGCCCAAGACAGCUGGGAUAGGCUCCAGCAUACCCCCACCCUAGUGAGGAUAACCAGCUUAGAAAAUGGAUGGUUGACUGUAAGAUGGUGAAUUUCAAGACACGGGGCUGCACGGUGUAGGAGUGGUUACCAUGUUGGCCACACAGUCAGGGGAUGGGGAAGAACUGGCACCUGCAUGCGUGGCUCUUCUCCGGGGACUCCGCUUUCCUCCCCCAUUCCAAAAACAUGCAUGUUAGCUACAUUGGCGACUCCAAAUUGUCCAUAGGUAUGAAUGUGGGUGUGAAUGGUUGUUUGUCUAUAUGUGCCCUGUGAUUGGCUGGCCACCAGUCCAGGGUGUACCCCGCCUCUCACCCAAAGACAGCUGGGAUAGGCUCCAGCAUACUAGUGAGGAUAAGCGGUAUAGGAAAUAAUGGAUGGAUGGAUAAUUGGAUCAACAUUAUUUAGCCAGUCUGAUAAUUUGGUAGACUGGGCAGCACCGAGAUGGGCGUGGCGGCGCACCAGUGAAAAAUU